GUAAGAAUAAUAAAAGUUCAACACAAUUACGUAAAAAUGAUUCAUAAAGAGCAAGAAGAACUUAGAACUACGCCGAUAUCUCAGCACGACAAAAAAAAGUGCGGGAUGAUUGCCGUCGCCGCCAUCGUACAAUCUGUGGCGGUGUUUGCUCUCGGCGCCACCGUCCUGGGUUGCAUGUGGUCCGUGGAACGCGCUCUCUUUGAGUUUGACACGCUGGCCCGGGUGAUGUACCUUUACGACCCCGAGGCAUGCGGCCACGGGAGCACCAACCCUCGGACCUUCCACGAGCUCGUGCUCAGCAACGACACGAGAGGGUUCACUGUCGUUCCUAUCAAGAGAUUGCCACCAGUCGCUACCAAGUCUACCAGGCUGGCAGCGGAGAUGCGGAGGCAUGUGACCGGAAGCAUAGUAUUACAUGGGAUUUGGUUUCUCCUGAGCGUCUACAUCCGGUGCCUCUGUGGCUUCAAGAACGUCAACGUGUCGGUGCUCAGAUACUCACUCAUCGUUUUCUUCUGGUCUUUUGUCCUCAUCUGCAUCUUUGAUACGAGUAUGGGAAUCGUUUACAUUGCCCAUGUGCAGCAGAGCUUGACCAUAGGAAUGAUUGUGAGAUACAGCGGCUGGUUACGUCUGAAGAUCAGCAACUACGAAGACUUCGGGGGCUGGCUGCCGCUGGCGCUGGGCGGCUGCUGGCUGAAGGGCGCCGCCCUCGCCGCCCUCAACUUCUACUGCUGCGGCGUCAUCCGAGCCAUCAUGAGGAAUGUCUCCGCCAGGGACUACAGGAGAAGGCUCGUGUUUGACGUCAAUGAACCGAUUCCCGAACCGUUGAAUGCGACCUUUGAGAAGGGUGCACUGUAUUACAGGCUUGGGGAAGAAAAGCCGUUUAAGAUUAACAGUAGUGAUUAGUUUAUUCAAUCCGAGUUAUUGGUACUGAGUGAGUUUUUCUGACUAUUAUGAGAAUGAAAACCUGAAGCUUUUGUUCAAUUGAACAUUACUAACAUCAUCUCUUACUGUUAUUUUUAUAUCAGGUUUAAUUAAGUAGGGUAUAAUAAUUGUGGUGUCAUUAGAAUGCAGUAAGUAACAUUGAUGAUAGGUAGGUACGUAACUUGUGUUUGAGUGUAAGUGAACAUCGCCCUACAUUAAAUAAAGACUGAAGUGAAAUGCAGACUACUUCUUUUACUAAACCAAGCUCAAGCUCAGCUAGAACUAACGAUAAUCCCGCUGA